AAGGGGCACUUCAAAACCAACAGACUCUCUGCAAGCAUCCAAGCAAAGACAACAGGGCUUUUGGCUUUCUCGACGACAAAUUGCUCUUGAAAUUGUGAGACAACGUUUGAUCGAGGGAGAAUGCUUUUCCAUUUUUUGCUGCUUCUGCUCUCCCUGGAGGGAAUUCUGAGCACCGAAGUGACUGUUCAGUGGGCCCAGAACAGCAGCGAACCCGAUGCCGUCCGAGCUCACCAGCAGGAGAUCAUUGAAGUCACGAAGAAGCUGCUGACGGCCAUCGUCAUGGCAGACUACGACUCUUACAAGGAAAUGAGCGAUCCGGGUCUCACGAGCUUCGAGCCGGAAAGCCUGGGCAUCCUGGUGCGCAGCAUGGAAUUCCAUCGCUUCUUACUGGAGAAUGCCCUCGGUUUUCGUCACACGAUCAUGAUCGAGCCUUACGUGCACAUGAUGGGCGAUGACGCGGCCUGCAUCGCGUACGUGCGCCUCACCCAGGCCCUCGGGGGCGACCUGGCUGCUAUCCACACCAAGGUGGAGGAGACUCGCAUCUGGCAUCGGCGCAACGGCACCUGGCGCCACAUUCACUUCCAUAGAAGCAGACCCAGCACAUUGCACUCAAAGUAACACCCACAACAAGCAAAGGUGACUUCUUACCAAAGUCACCAAAUUGUUGUACAGUUGAAAAUUGCAAAUAAAAUGUAGAAUCCAAGAAAAUGAAUUCUUUUUUUAAAAAAAUUAUUCUUUCAUAUCUUGCUUUUAUUUUUCAUUUGCAGUGUUAGGAAUCGCAUUCUGAGAUGUCACUUCCUGUAAAUCUCUUCCGGUUUGAUCGCGAAUGCGGGGUAGACAUGUUUUGUGUUCAGAGUACGAUCCGCCGCCGUCUACCGUGAAGCAUCGUAGACGCAAUGCCGUAAGUUCAACGAUAUCAUAUUCGAGAUGUUAUAAAAGCAUGGACCGCAGAGUUUGAUAAAAUGUAGUUUAUUGUGGCAUUUGCGUUUUGUUACAAUUGUCGACUGUCGUUGUAUGGAACGACCAAAUGACGCCCUCUGCUGGCUACGUGCCGCCAUUACCUUGAAUGAUAAAAUGACAAUUGUCAAAAUUGUUUUUGUUUGGACUUCAUUCUCAUUAGAUUGCAACUUUUCUCUCUCAA